AAUCACUAUAAUUGCCACACAACACACUUAACAUAAAGACAUUUUAGCCUACAAAUUCUUCUUUCUUCACAACUUCACAUAUAUCCUUAUCUUUUUUUUUUCUUUCUUCAAACAAAGAAAAUAAAAACUUAGAUCUUAGUAUAAAUUUUAUUUUAUAAAUUUUUUUUUAUAUAGUCAUGGAUAAUAUGAGAGUUAGAGAACAAGAACUGAAGCAGAGCAAUCAAGAAAAUCAAAAAACAGAGCCACCACAGUCCGGCGGUGGUGCUGCGGCGUCACCACCGUCAGCUUCAUCAUCUCCGGCGCAUGAGUUUUCCUUCACAAUUUCACUUCACCCAACGAAUUCCACAAAAGCUCCAGAAAAUAAAACGAAACAAAAUUUGAAUCCGAACCUGAACCCAAACACGAAUCAAAACCCAUCCGCCAUUGAUUUAACUCCAGCUGAUGAAAUUUUCUUCCAUGGCCAUUUACUUCCUCUUCAUCUUCUUUCUCAUCUCCCUGUUUCGCCUCGCUCUUCAACAAAUUCCAUUGACAGUUCAAUCCCCAUUAGUAAAUCAGAAUCAAAAAUCAAAAAAUCCAUUGAUGAUGAUGAUGAUGAUAAUUCGUAUUAUGUUUUAAAUCAUAGUUUUCAUCAUCACCCCGAAACAACAAAUUCAUUUCACAUACCCAAAAAUCAAAAACCCAAAUCCAAAUCUUUUUCAAUUUUCGGAUUACCCAAACGUAAAAAAAGCGAAAAAGAUGAGAAAGAAAAACAGAGGAAGCUGAAAUUCGAUGUAAGUGAAGUAUUGAAAAGGUAUAUGAGAAUGGUAAGACCCUUUUUAUCAUUUGGAAGCAGAAAGAAUGUGCAAUUUCAUCGCCAGAGUUAUUCAUUUUCUGGUAAUUUGAGUUUUCGAGGAAAGAAUACAAUUCAUAGUAAUAAAGGCAUAAAAAGAGGUGCAUAUUCAGCUCCAGUUUCUAUGAAGAAUUCACCAACAAAUAGUGGAUUACUUGUAGCAACCCCUGGAGGUAAUUAUGGUAAUUCAUCUUCUUCUUCAAGUAGUGAUAGUACUAUGGAAGAAUUACAAUCUGCUAUUCAAGCUGCUAUUGCUCAUUGCAAGAAAUCGAGUUCUUCAAUGGAAAACAAGAAAAUCAACAUUUCAUAAUCAUGAAGUAAGAGGGUAUCUGGAUGCACUACAGCUCCCGCUACGUAUUAAAUCAAAAGAGUUUAUCGAUUAUUUUCAAUGAUUUGAACCUGUGACCUCGAUGACAAUUUGAUCAUUUUUAUCUUUUUUUUACUACUUGUUUGUUUCUAGUGUAGUUAAUUUUAAUUUUUUUUUAAAUGUAUCAUAAUCAUGAAGUAUAUUUGUAAGUAUUUUUUGUUUUACUACAUGAGUUUAAAUAUGGAUUGGCAGGGCAUUGGGCAAAUAUGUAGAAUUUUUUUUUUUCAUGAGUUUUUUUUUUAUUUAUUUAUGUAAACUCUGUUUCUGGUGCAAACAGAAGUUAAAUUUUUUUUAUGAAAUUAAUAUCGUAAUUACUUAUUAAUUAUCAUUGA